AUGGUCAGUUUUUACCGCCGGUUCCUACCGAACUGUGCUGACCUCAUUUUGCCGCUCACCAAUAUGCUUUCUGGUCCCAAAGGUCUCCUCGAUCUGACUGGUGCAGCACUAACUGCUUUCGAGGGAAUCAAGAAUUUCCUUGCCGACGCCACCUUACUCACGCAUCCCGCUCCCGAAGCUCAGUUGUCUCUGAUGGUAGAUGCUUCGACCGUAGCCGUAGGUGCGGUCCUUCAACCACACCCUGCUGGCUCGACUCGACCACUUGCCUUUUUCUCCAAAAAGCUCUUACCAGCCGAGACACGUUACAGUACCGUUGGCCGAGAACUACUUUCCAGUUACCUGGCUGUGAAGCAUUUCCGGCAUUUCCUUGAAGAUCGGGACUUCACUGUUUUCACGGACCGCAAAUGGUUGACUUUUACACUUCGGUCCCAUUCCGACAAGUACAAUCCGAGGGAAAUCGCCCACCUGGACUACAUUUCCCAAUUCACCACCGACAUCCGCCAUAUUGAUGGCACGAAGAAUGAAGUGACUGAUAUGCUGUCCAGAUCCUCACUUUCUCCCCUCCAACUCUCACAGGGGAUCGAUCUUUGCGCCAUGGCGGCUGAGCAACAUCGAGUCGGUUGUCCUGUCGAGUCUUUUAGUGGUCUCCAACUCAAAGAGGUUCCUCUGACCACCGGCUCUGGUACCAUAAUUUGUGGCGUCUAA